AUCCACAACUCCGCAACUCCGCACUCCUCGAGAACGAAGCGCGCCAACAGUACGACUAUUGCAUUCGCGGGAAGAUCGAGUUUUCGCACUCUGAUAAUCGAAACAGAACGUGUUCCGCAUUCGAAUACGAAAAAUCAGUACGCACACGACGUAACUCGAUUGAAGGAGAAUCGCAUCGUUGCAGCCAACGAGUCUUUCACCGACAGUCAAUCGCGAACAAUAUCUAAAUCGAGGAUAAGAACGGUGACAUCAUGGCGCAUCCAAAAAAAUUUAGGAAUUGCAUGUCGGAGAACAUGCUGACACUGUUGACGGUUCUCGGUGUUGUGGCUGGUGUAAUGCUCGGAUUUAUUCUAAGAAACUCCAGAGACGAGCCAUGGACAAAGCGCGAGAUUAUGUAUAUCCAAUUUCCAGGAGAUAUAUUUCUGAGAAUGCUAAAGGCUCUCAUUUUGCCAUUGAUCGUCGCUAGUAUUAUCAGCGCGAUUGGUGGUUUGGAUCUGAAUUUAUCUGGAAAAAUCGGCGUGCGAUCGAUUUAUUAUUAUGCAUCGACAACGAUAUCUGCUGUGAUUCUUGGUAUAAUAUUAGUUCUCAUUAUUAAGCCUGGAGAGUUCAGUUCGCAUAGCUUAACUACAAAUGCGAAUACAACACCAACGAGGAAUGUUACAACUGUAGAUACGUUAUUGGACUUGGUCAGGAAUGUAUUUCCUCCGAAUCUUGUACAAGCUUGCGUUGCUCAAUAUCGUACGAUAUUACUAGAGCCAAAAAAUACAACAGGAGUAAAUAGUAUACAAGAUUGGGAAAUAUCUCAUCGGUAUGACGAAGGCACAAAUACUCUAGGAUUAGUUAUUUUUGGAAUUGUCUUUGGCAUAGCUCUCAGUAAAAUGGGAGAUGCUGGAAAACCUCUCUUAACAUUUUUCGACACUUUAGCCGAAGCAUCGAUGCUUAUAACUAAAUGGGUCAUAUGGGUUUCCCCCAUUGGUGUGUUCUUCCUUGUUACUUCGAAACUCUUAGAAAUUGAAGACAUUGGCGCUAUUGUAGGACAAUUAGGUUUAUACUUCGUCACGGUAUUACUAGGUUUGACUAUUCACGGUCUUGGAAGUCUUUCUCUUAUAUUUUUCAUUUGCACCAGAGAAUUGCCUUUUAAAUUGCUUGGAAAAAUGGGUCAAGUCUUGGCCACUGCGUUUGGUACAUCGUCAAGCACAGCUACCCUGCCAGUGACAAUUCAAUGUUUAGAUAAUAUCGGCGUAGAUCCUAGAAUUACAAGAUUUGUUGUUCCAAUCGGUGCCACCAUUAAUAUGGAUGGAACGGCGUUGUAUGAAGCUGUAGCGGCAAUCUUUAUAGCUCAAGUCAGAAAUGUUCCAUUGUCUAUUGGCAAUGUUAUCGGUGUUAGCAUAACAGCUACUGCGGCAAGUAUAGGCGCUGCAGGCAUACCACAAGCUGGUCUUGUUACGAUGGUUAUGGUUUUGGAUACUGUAGGUUUACCUGCCGAAGAUGUAACACUUAUUAUCGCGGUAGACUGGCUCUUAGACCGUUUUCGAACAACGAUAAAUGUUGUAUGCGAUGCACUCGGAGCUUACGUCGUCGAACAUAUGAGCAGGAAAGAACUUGAAGUAACUACAAGUUUCCCAGAAGAAACAAUUGAACUAGCCAGAGUAAGGAAAACCGACGCAUAAUUUCGCUCUUUUUCCUUUUAUUCCAAUUUUGCCAUGAUAUUAUGGAAACACAAUUUUACAGUGUUUAUAUUUUUUGUAUACUUUAUAGUCAAUUAUUUGUACUAAUGUAUACUCAUGCUGGGUGCAUGAUCUUAUUUUACAUAGCGAUCUAUGCAUAUUUAUAUAAUUGCUAAAUAUUGUUACCAGCAAGAUACUUAUUUAGAGAUUUAACGGAAGAAGACAAUCUGCAUUCGUUUUCAUUUUUACGAACAUGUUAAACACAUUGUUUGUUGUUUUAUUUUUUCGUAAUAAUUUUAUAUUACAAUUGUUAUUAUACAUAAAAUAAAAUUAUUAUAUAAUUCAUAAUAAUAUGAAAACAUUCCAUAUAUUUAUUGAAUACAGCAAAUAUAAACAAAUUAUAUUGGA